AUGUCCGACGACGACUGGGAUGUUGAGGACGUUCCUUCCUCCUCCUCCACCCCCGCCCCCACUUUCCCGCCUAAGCCCGCUCAGAACAAGUGGGCCGGUGAGGACGAGGACGACUGGGAUGUCUCGGACACUGAGGAGAAGAAGCCCGCCGCCAAGCCCAAGGCUACGCCGGUUGCGCCUCCCAAGAAGAAGAUGACUCUGAAGCAGAAGCUGGCCGAGAAGGAGCGUCUCGCCGCCGAGGCCAAGGCGCGCGGCGACGUCGGAGACGACCUGAUGGACGAGCGAACUGAGCAAGACCGCCGGCGCGAGGCGCGUGAGAAGGAGCUCGAGGCGGACCUCGCUGUCGCCGCCGACCUGAUGGGAGACAUGAGCGUCGACACCGGAGCCGCGCUCAAGGCUGUCGUCGGCGCCAACCCGAAGACGAAGGACGACUUUGCCGAGCUCUCGCGCAACAUUGUCGCCGCCAUCACGAGCCGCCACCAGUCCUCCGGCCUCUACCCCGCCUUUGUCGAGCAGCUCGCCAAGGACCUCUGCGAGUCCCUCUCCGCCGUCCAGACCCGCAAGGUCUCGAGCGCCCUCAGCGUCCUCGGAAACACGAAGCAGCAGGAGGAGCGCGACAAGGCCAGCGGAAAGAAGACCAAGGCCUCGAACAAGCCCAAGCUCGGCGCCGCCAAGGCCUUCAAGGACAUCGACACGUCGGCGUACGACGACGUCCUUGACGAUGACGACUUUAUGUAG